GAGGACGCCUGGAGAACAGGGCAUACAGCGCACGUUUUGUGUGUGAUAGCGAGGGCAGAUGCUAAGCUAAGCUAGCGAAGCUCUCUCCGUGUGCGCCGAUUGACUGCCGACGGAACCGGCGAUGAGUUCCCUGCCCUAACUUUACUCCCUCAACCAGGCUGAGCCACUUCAGAGUGGAUCCAGUUUUUUAAAGAUGCAGGAAUCCCACCUGGCCUGGCUGUUAACUAUGCUGUGUCUUUUGUAGACAACAGAAUUCAGAAAAACAUGCUGAUGGAUCUCAGCAAGGAGAUCAUGAUGGAUUUGGGCAUUACAGUCAUCGGGGACAUCAUAGCCAUUCUCAAACAUGCCAAGCAUGUCUACAGACAGGACAUGUGCAAAAUGGCCACUGAAGCCAUUUCCUCUGGCCAGACCAGUGUUCAGGCUGAGCUGAGACGCACUGCCAACACUCCUGCCACACGCAUGAUUGCCAAUGCCUUGAGUCGGGACUCCCCACCGAGCACGCCCGCCCGUCGCUCUGACAACCGCCUCUCUGUGACAGUCUCCAACAACAGUGCCAAAGCGGUCGUCAGUCAGCCUGCAGAUGAAGAAAACAGCUCACCGGUGAAGCGUCGGCGAGUCACAGCAGAAAUGGAGGGGAAGUAUAUCAUCAAUAUGCCAAAGGGCACCACUGCCCGCACCCGCCGCAUUUUGGCCCAGCAAGCCAAAAAAGCCAAGAGCCUGAAGCGCACUUCUGUGUUUGAGAGGUUGGGGUCAGAGUCUAAGUCUGAUGCUGCUACAGCCAAUAAGCAGGUAACAGGAGUGUUCAGUCGACUGGGCAAAGUAGACGACGAUGAGGAAGCUGAAAAGAAGGUGGGAGACGGUGCUAGUGGUGAUGGGGAAGAAGACAGCGACGGUGAAGGCUCAGUGUUGCAGUACGCUGGCGUCCUUAAACGACCCCCACCACCUUCCAAAAAAGAGCCUGUUGCACAAAAAUCUGAAACGGCCGCCAUGUACCGCCUGGGCAACAAAUUCAAAACUACCCCUCCAUCAGAGAGCACUCCGCCUACACCCUCCUCUACCUCCUCUGGCCAGGAGGGGGUGCCCAAGCUGAGUGUGAUGCAGAGGCUGGGUAAGGCUCCAUCAGCCAGCUCCGGUCCUGCCACCUCCAGUCCUGUAGCUGGCCAGUCAGCAGAUACGCAGGAUAGCCGUGUCACCAGCAGCAGAAGCAAAGCUCAGGGAAGCUUUGCUUUAGCCAGCCCCAAAGUUAGCAGUAGCACAGGGACAGGCAGGGACUGUCACGGGGCUCAGAUGGACGCUGGGACAGUCAGUGUCUUCAAGAGACUGGGCGCUAAGAAGACCUAAUGCACAAAAAUAAACCUCCUAAACACUCCUUCCCUCUGAAUGGUUUAUCCCUACAAAAUCCCACAUUCAGGGCUUAGAAUACCUACGGUAAAGGAGUAGGAAGGAAUCACACUUUCCCUCAGCGUAAGUGGACUGGAAAGUCUGUAUGUGCCUUCACAGUCCUGUUUAUUUGCAGUGUUAUUCCGAUGUGGGUGAAAAUGCCGGGAAGACAAUAUACAGACUUUGCAUGUCCUCUUGGUGCUUAUAGGAAUGAUAUGCACCCUUACCUCUCGCUAAACCCCGUCUAGGGCUGCACAGUAUGGUUGAAAUACUUACAUUGCGAUUAUACUCCUGGCUAUUUUGAUUGGAGUAUGCUUUGCAGCAUGUAACACCCAUAUGGGUGUACCGUUAAAGGGGAAUUCCACCAUUUUUAUUUUUUUAUGUUUCUAUGUCAUUCAAUCAUUGAGAUGUAAACUGUCAUUGAGUAGUCUGUGGUUAAAUACUUCGCUGUAGAGAAACUUGUUAACUCUGAUUGCUUUGUAGUAGUGAUGAUAGGAGCCAGGGGCACAACGUCUACAUUGUAGACAUUUACUAUUCAAAAUGACCAGCGAACCUACAUGUGUCUGGAGUUCUUAUAUGUUGAUAAUGGUAAAAUAGUGGUAAAUGUGAAAGAAUGUUUUCUGUGGGGACUGUUUUGCCCUGUGGUGUCCUACAUAUACCUCUUUUAAUAUGAAUGAGUUUUAAAAAAAUGUUGUAUGCCAAAAACAGUGUCAGGCACCAAGCAGUGUAUUCGUAACCAUUUCAUAUAAUGAAAUGAGCUUUUUAAGAGCUAGCUUUAUUAGCAUCAGAUCUGUGGUUCCUGUCUCCAUCACUGUAAACAGCUCUGACUCUCUAUGUCGUCUUAGAAUUGUGAAUUUCAUUUCACACCACUCUGACUUUCUUUGCAUCUUAAACAGCAUUUGUGAAUUUUAUUAUGCAGAAAUUUGGUGGAGCUCCCCUGACAUGAUUAAAACGGGCCUUUAUUAUUUUGGCAAAUAUGUCAGAAUUGGUCAGGAUGUUCACAGCAUACACUGAAAACAGUGAUACAUUUGAGGGCUUAUAUAAUGUCGAAUGCAAAAAAUUUGAGCGCCCCCUGGUCAAAUUUCGUUUUGUUGAUUUUCUAAGUAAAAGUAAGGUAACGCAUCGUCUACAGGAAACACAUGUUAAUGCACAAUUACUAUUUAUUCACUGAAUUUAUCAUAUUGGAGAGAAAAAAGAUGAAAUGUGCCCUGUGCAAAAGUUAUGGCUAUAACUUUAUCAUUUUUAUACUUUUUAUUUCCAGUUUGUUAAACUUGGCAAAUAAGUAGAAAUUGUGCACUUUGUUAGAGAAUUAACCAAAUGUCAUUUGUCCAGAGCUGUUCAAGCUUUUGCAUAUCACUAUUACAAUCACAAUUAAUGAUCAGUAUAUUGUGCAGCCCUUUCACCUUCCCGUACCUCUGUAAUCACACCCUGCCUUUGAGAGCUACUCUCCACUCCUAUAAAGGAGUCCCUUGUGUUUUUCUACUGCAGUUUUUUUGUACAGCAUGUCACCAAGCAUCGAAUGCCCUAGAAGUGGGUGACCUGCCACUUCCUUUCGCUGACUAACCUUUCACGUGAAAGAGUGAGCAGCAUAUACCCACAAACACCUCCGACUCCAGAUGCCUCACUUGUGACGCUGUCUAAAAGGGAAAAGGAUCCUUUCUCAUCUACGCCUAAGUGUUCAGUGACCCUUCCCUGUGUACCCAAAACAAAUAAAAAAAGACUAAGUGGUUCAAAUGAUAUACGAACCUGAUAUUUCUCUCAAGGCACCUACUGACCUCAACAAUUACUUUCCUAACGAAGAAACUUAGCGUGCAUGUUUUAAGGCCCACUGUUAGUCAGUUUUUCCCUUUUAUAAGAUGCCAGCUGCUGGAAUGGUGCUGUUAAGUGCUACGUAGAUGGAAUGAGUGAGCAAGGUGUCAACUCCCCCUGCUGGGAGAUUGGACAGUGUUGCCAGGCAACACACAUGGCGAUGGACCCUUGAGUGCCGUUGUUUUUCAACCCCCCUUCGUGGCCAAUGUUUAAAAACAGCGACUCAUGCAUUUCAACCACAACACUUUCUGACCACACUAUUAUAUCAGGUACAUGACAUUUACCUGGUCCCACUCACCUUGUUGUUUUUCCUUUUUUUAUAUUAUUAUUUUAAUUUGUAAUGUCUUUGAAGUAGAUCCUUGUUGCACUGUACAGAAUUAAGGAUUGUGGCAGAAGGGAAAGAUGUUUGUUGGAUUGUUUUAUAAAAUAAGUUCCCAGUUUGUCUUUGGAAGUGAUUGAGCAUAAAAUGGGAGAGCAAAAAAAACUUUUCAUAAAA